AGUCGAAUUGCCUGUCUGUGUCCUAUUGGUCGGUAAGUUGUCACGGCAACGCUACAGCGUGUACGAACAACAACAGGAGUAGUCGCCCUGUGGCAUGAAGUUUAGGGUUGCAGUCCGGGUUCAGAGCCCGCGUAGAGCUGCUGCUGUGAUAUGUCUUCACACUAACAUGUGUUCGAUCCCGGCCUGCUGGCAAACCUGGCCGCAGUAGAUGAAGGUGAGGAAAUGUCUUCCGGCCAGAUGCAAAUCCAGUGAUGACGUCUUCAAUGGCUGAGCUGCCUGCCCAGUAUGGUGCACCCAACCCCCAAGCUGUUACGACCCCGUCCCGGCCCAUAUCCCCCAUGAAUGCUAUUGGCGAGGGGGCGACACCCCUCAUGUAUGCCUGCCAGCAAUCCAGGGACCAAGACGUGAGGCGCAUUCUUGCCAAGAAGCCGGAAGCAGCGAAGGAGAGGGACCGUACCAUGAAGACUGCGCUGCAUUACUGCGCAGAGAGCGCUUCCCUCACGUGUGCCGACAUCUUCCUCUCGGUGGCAGCGGACCUGGUUGAUGCGCGGGACGAAGACGGCUAUACACCACUUCACCUGGCGGUCAUCGCGGGAAACAGGCCCCUCAUAAAGUUCCUACUCUCAAAAAAUGCAGAUGUCAACAGCCUUGACUACGAGAGGCAUUCUGUGGUCCACUGGGCAACAGUGUGUGGAGAGGUGGAGGCUCUGGAGCUGGUCCUAGACGCUGGUGCCAACCCAUCGACGCCCGAUAUCCAUGGAGGUUAUCCCGUCCAUUACGCUGCCCAAAUGUGCGGCCCGAACUCUGAGAUGGGCAACGACGUGAGAUUCGGGCUGGCCGUGUUACGCAAACUGCUCGCCAGGGGCGUUGAGGUUAAUGUCAGAGACAAGGAUGGCCGACAGCCGAUUUUGUGGGCAGCCAGUGCAGACUCAACCUCCAGUGCUUCCUGUCCUUCAGGCAGCGCGGAUGCCAUCUUAGCCCUCGUGAAUGCCGGAGCAAAUGUGGAGGCCGACGACAAGGACGGACUGACAGCUCUGCAUUGCGCAGCCAGCAGAGGACACACGGACUGCAUAGAGACGCUGGUGACGCUUUGUGGUGCUGAGGUGGACGUCAUCGACAGCAACGGCUGUACUGCGCUCUUCUACGCCGUGACUCUGGGGCACGCAGACUCGACACAGCUGCUCCUGAACUUCGGGGCGGAACCCGACCGACAGGAUCGCAAGGGGCGCACGCCUGCGCACUGCGGCGCCGCGAAAGGUCAGCUGGAAACGUUACGCAUCCUGGGGACGCACGGCGCCAACUUGUGGGUCCGCAACGUAAGGGGCGACUACCCAUUGCACGAGGCCGUCGUGUCGGGGCGCAAGAAUCUGGUAUAUUGGCUCCUCACCCAGAGACCUGACGCUGUCAACUCCCCCAACAAUGACGGCCGCUGUCCGCUGCACAUCGCGGCCGUCAACAACAACGUCGAGAUGUGCAAGAUCCUGCUGGACAACCAGGCGCUGCUGAAUCCGGUCAUGAGGACGAGCAAGGGACAACUGAUGACCCCCAUAGACGCGGCUCUUCACCGGGGAAACAGAGGAUGUGCCAAGUACCUGCAAUUGCAUGGUGGGGUGCCCGCUAGCAAGUUGACAGACAAGUCUGCUCGUGUACGGGGCGGAAAUCAGAGAGGGGCGAUGUCGGAGACACAGUCAGAGCAGUACACAACCCCGGAGUUUGCUGCUACACUGUCCCUGCCAGGCGGUCGGACCUCGCUAGGGACCAGCCCUCUCGCAGAGCACGCCGCAGCUCUCAACGACGCCGGCCGGAGGACCCUUCAGGUUAGAAUGAACGACGACGUUGCGAUACGUCACGUGGAAAAAAUAGAUGCCCCUCUUGUCUGCACACAUCGCAGGUUUGAGGAUGAGAGCAGUGGGGAGGAGCGCAUGCGCAGACGAAGAAGACGAAGACGGCGGGAGCGGCGCAAGACGGAUUACAUCGAUGAUGUGGACAGAGAAAUCGUGGAAGAAGAUUCACGAAGACGGAGGAGAGGUGACAGGGAUACUGGAGGCUUUAGUGAUAGUGCGGAUAGUGAAGGGAGGAAACGCAGACGGAGGAGACGAGACGAUGACUUUAGCGAUGACUGGGACAGUGAAAGAGACCGACGAAGUAGCCGGAGAUGGCGAAGGAGAGGGGAUCAGGGAGCGUCCAGCGAAAGAAGCGAUGAAGAGGAUGCCGAUAUGGUGGAUGACAUGAACGAUUCCAAUUGGGUUAGAAACAAGAAACGACGGGGUGAGAAAAUCGAAAGACCAAAAUGGAGAUCUAAAAGUAAAGAAAGAUUAGAGGAUGGGCACAGCGAUGUGGAAUAUGUCAGAGUGAAAAGGACCACCAUUAGAAGCAAAAAGACAAAAAGAAAGACAGUAACAGAUGAAGAGCAAGAAGAACAGAUAGAAGAAGAUUCUGAAAGAAGCAGCGAAGUUGAAGUUGAAGAGGAAGUUGUUGAGAAACAAGACAAUAGCGAGGUUACUAGAAAGAUGUCAAAUUCAGAGGAAGUCACUACUACCAAAGCCGAGACAGAGCUGAGGAGAGACCAGAACAAAUCAAAAGAGAAAUUAAACACUGUAAACAAGGUUGACUCACGAAAGAGUAAGAAAAAGGAAAGCGCUUUAGAGAAAGAUAAGAGAAAGAAGCCAGAAACCUCAUGUAAUAAGGAAACCGAAACUGAACGAAAAAGUGUAGAGAGAAGCAAAAGGAAAACAAACAAGAAAAUUGUUACAAAAGACAGUUCAACAAGACAGACGACGGAAGAAACGGAAGGCAAAGAUACCACAAGACAGUCGUCUGUUAAGAAAGUGGCAAGGAAAGGAGUCAGUCAAGUGGACGCCUUAGGUGCACCUAAAGAAGUUGAUAAAGUCAUGGAAAUAGCGACGGCGAAAGGAGUGGCGGGCGUGCGGCAGAAGGGAGAAGCACACGAACAGCCGGAGGAUCCUGCACUUCUACUAGAACAGGAACGAGAAGAUGGGACGACACGCGCAGUGGUUACCGCUUUAGUUCAUCAGCAUGACGACGAGGGCAGCACUGAGGCAUCGCGUGCAGAGGAACAGACUGAGUCGAGUAAGAACGGCGAGCCGGACACGGAGGGCGUUAGCGAUACCUUUCAAGCGACGGGAACAACUGAGCAGGAACAAGACGAAGCUGCAGUCCGUGACAGACAAGCAGCCACAGAAGAAGUGCAGCAAAGGUUUAAAGAAGGAGACACAGAGAGGAAAGAGAAGUCAAGCGAAGUCGAUGAGGGUAAAGGGGACAUAACACAAGAAGCUGAAGGAACAAAUGAAGAGAAGCCGCAAACAGAAUUUGGUGUGGGGAAAGGAGUUCAAGCAACGAAUGAAGGUGAAAGUGAAGACUUAAUUUCAAGUGAGACAGGUCCUGAAGCUGGGAUUGAUCUUAAUGACAGAAAGGAGGCGGAUGAGGAUAGGGAAGGAAACGCUGAAGUAGAGGAAGAAACAACGUUUACGAAGGACAGUGAAAAGACACACGAAGAAGGCGACCAAGAAGAGGCAGAUGCAGAAAAAGAGAAAGCAGGAGGAGGAGAUGCAGAAUCGGAAGAUAAGGCUAUGAUCGAACAAGUAAACAAUGGAGGCUCACCAACAGAGGAAGAUGCUCAAAAACUAGAACAUGAUAUUAACGGGGAUGAAGCGGCCAAGGAUAAUGAUAAAACCGAUGGAGACAGCAGAGCUAGUACGCAAGAGUUGACGAUAUCCUCUCCUCUAGAGAAGGAAGAAGGCGCAGCGAGAGAAAUGAACACCGAAUCAGGAGCAUCCACCGCUCGAAGUCGGAAUGGCGGAGACUCGUCAAUGCUGCUGGACUCGGGAUUCGAACCCUCACCCCGUCGAGAAAAGAUCACCACAAGAAGCAACAGCGGCAAGCAGCAGCAGACACGGAGCGCGCGCCAGACGAGAGGCAGAGGCCGUGGUCGCAUUCCUCGGCCGUGUCGGACCGACGGCGAGCAACCAACUACUACAGUGUCCGUGACGCAGGCCGUGCAGAGGAGCAUGCGCAAGUACCACCUAGAAAGGCGGAUCUUCCAGGAGUUGCUGGAGCUGAAGAGGCUGCAAAUCCGGGCUGGCAGGGCCAACGAACAGGUGCUGGUGAAACGUCUGGUAGACGAUUACCACAAGGCAGGCCUUACAGUUGGCAUGAGGCAGUACGACGGCGUGUUCACCUUCCGCAACUUCGAGAAGUAUCUCUACGAUCAGCUGCGACUGCUUCAGAGCUCGGAUCGGCGUCUAAUUCCGCGUCUGAAAUCAACCGACGACCUGGAGAAGCUAACAGCAGCACUCCGACGCGCGCGCUUGGACAGCGCGUACCUGGACGACAUUCCCGACAAUCCAGUGUUGUGUACGCACGGUACCCACCGGUGCCACCACGCUGCGCAUGCGUACACGGGCGUUCCCUGUGCGGCAUACAUAACGAAGCUGAACCAUCAUCACGCACCGAAGAGUGGACGCUCCGGACCAUCCAGGGGCUCUGGCUUCCUGCCCAGGAUAGACCCUAGCUCCAGGGGAACUGGGCGCAACUCAUCUGCAGUUCCUCGGUCCCUGAGCUACGUUGAUCCGUCCCGGCCCGUCACGCUGGAGCUGAGCCACGGGUCGGACAAGCAGGUCAUUUCCUUACCCACAGAGCGACUGGACCGCAACAAGCGGUACUACGUCACCUUCACCAUCAAAGGAGGCCUCAAUGGCUCCAAAGAUGGUCAACAAGCAGAGGGCUCAGAGGAAGAAACGAAGCUGCGACACAGGCAUGCCAACAGCCUCUGAUGUUGAAGUCACUGUGGGUUUCCGACAUUUUCCUCAGUGUUUCCAAACAGUGCCGAAACAUUACUUAAAAUUUACUACGAGAGUCCACUUGGACGCUAGACCCAGUUCAUCAUUUACUUAUCACGUGACUACGUGACGUAAAAUAAUAUAAGCAGAUGAAGGUGUGUGUGUAAAUAAAUGAGUCAGUCUUCAGCAAGAGUGGACAUACACUCUUCGCGUUAAAACAUUUUUGUUACAUUUCACAGUCAUGCAAGAAGUAGAUAACAGUGUUGUUCAUGUGCUUAAUUAAGCACCACGCCAAGAAGAUGAGCUGGGGAGUGUAACUGUAGCUCCACAGAUUCUUAAUCUCAGCGUGAGAUGUAGGGAAUGGCGAACAUCACACUCCGACCUCUUCAUCCCCAUGGAAAGAGCCCCCCCCCCACUAGUAACCGCUGGGGGAGUGUGAUGCUUGGGCCCCAGAGCCAGUCUUGACGCGAUUUUGAAGUGAAAUACCUCUCAGCAUCACUACAGUCUGGGAUGUAACGCCAUGUAGUCUGGCAUAAGUUCACCGACGUUUCGGAGGAACAUACUGCCUCCAUCUUCAGAGUCAGAAAAUAUGCCAAGAUAUUAGCCGUAACUUAAAGGCACCAUGAUACUCGGAAACAUCGCUGAAAUUCUACCGGACCACACGGCGUCACAUCCCACAAGCUUGUAGUCUUCAUAGUCACUGCUGUGAGAGUUUAACAUCAAGCAAAGAACUCUCUCUACCACCUUCUGGAAUCGAACACCUGUUGUUAGGUCACCCACCCACUGAUCUGGUCACUACGCUGAUGAGUUAAGCCCGAUAAUGCAGGUGCCAUGUGAACAGAUUUCAAAGAAAACGCACAUGGGAAUUUCUGGCUAGAACAAAAAUAUGGCAAGUCAUGCGCAGAGGCAGGCAACCAUCAGUGUCACAAGUGAUUUGUGCUGGGAGCGCAACUUCACAAGAGCCGCUGCUGGAAUCGCUCGGUACGUCCGUCUGUCCGGCUGCCUGAACGAAGCAAAACGAGCAUAACCGAAUAGAGUUUAACGAAACAUGACACUCAACACUUUCCAAUUUUGGUUAAAAUCGGACAGACAUAAAAGGACACAUUGCGUAAAGAUCUUCUGUGCGUAUCUUGAUCGUAAGUUUCUGAAUAACGGAGCGAAAUGUUUUUAGCAAAACUGUAGAGCGAUA